AUGGAAAUAGAUCAAGAUGAAGAACUUGACAACAACCCUCAUAAUUUGAAAAACAAAACACCUGAUAAAUUUAUGGUCACUACAAAUUUACUAUAUAUACUAUAUUUGUUAAGAUCAUUAGAAAAAAAAGAUCAUCUGUCAGCUAAUGAAAUUGAUAAAUAUAUGAGACAACCUAAAAUAAGUCUCAAAAAAGACUUUCUG